UACUUUUUAGGUUUAACGUGGCUAUAAUAAUGUGCUAAUUACGAUUUUAAAAAGGAGUAAUAAGAAAGUUUGGUUAAAAUAUAAAAUAUGUUUGAAGCUCUUAGAUGCGUUGUUUCAGAUAAAUCUAUCGUUGGACUAAUAAUCAUGCUAAUCAGCUGCGUUAUAGACACAAAUGGAAUAGAGAUAAAAUGUAAAAAUACCGAAAACUCAAAUGAAAAAAUAUGCAGCCAUCCUUUUAAAUCAUUUCGAGUUACCUGCUGUUAUAACUUUGAAAUGAACUACUAUUACUGCUGUCCCAUUAUUGAAGCCCGCCGCUGGGAUUAUAGAAAACGUUUCAACGGAUUAAUAGCUUCUGUUAUUUUAAUAACUGUAUUUAUAUUGUUUUUAUGUAUUUAUUGUACAAGAUGUCCUCUGGGUAAUUCCAUCCACAGAAGACGUCAAACUCAAGGUGAAUAA